GCGCUUUUUCAUUGAUUCUUUUCCUGCCAGUUUUGUAGCGCGAAGUCAAAGAUUUUGGGUGGUCGAACAAACGGGCCUUGAGCAACGGAAUAUCAGUUCAGUGUUCUUGGGUGUAUGCACAUUUAAAGGGGAUUUGGUUCUGCAGCUUGCUGUUACGGUAGUAGGUGGUGCUGCAACAACUGUUGGAUAUCGAAAUAUGAUAACUUCACCGUGUUGCGGUAUGUCCGAGCCAAUACUCCAUAUUUGUUCUACGUACGCUCGUGCUCGUUGGUAUGCUCAUUAGUAUAGCUGAUACGGGAAAAGAAGUUCUAUAGUUACGAAAAAACAAAAAGCUGUGUGCAGAGGUUCUUGUGCUCUAGUGUUCAUCGUAUGUGCGAAAAAAAACAGUGCGUUGAGUCUUGCGUAUCGCAAAAUCAAUGGUCUUCGACUAUCGAAUACGCCACGCGGUGAUGGUGCUGUGCAGUAUAGCAGGCCAAAAAAUGGUAGAAAGAUAAGCAUGCCGUUGGCUGGUACAAUUCUAUUUCCCUCGCCGCAAAUCGUAGUGCACCACCCUGGCUCAUGUCGCCAUUUCGUUUUGCUACACAAUUGACAAACACCUUUCUGUACAUGUGUAUGAAUAAAGUAAACGAAGCAAAUAUAGUUACAAAGAAGUGAAUACAAUUGACCCCUUUGACUGCCAUUCAAUGGGAUGAAGUGUUGAUACAAGCUGAGUUAAUUUCCAACAACGUAUUUGCUGGUGCAUAUUCAGUUGUAUACAUAUAUACUACUUCCUGCUGUGCUACAGUUUAACUAACACCCGAACUAAGUGAUUUAUUUCUCCGUCAUUUUGAGCAUCGAGAAAAGGGGUUUGUCAAGGUAAUUCACCGUGAUUCGUUUCAACCUGAACCAACACCCAUACGCAAAAAAAAACCCCAAGCAUAGCUAAUUCCAAAGGCGCUGUGAAUACAGUAUAGACCGCGAUCCGUUCGCGGCAUAUUAUGUCUCGCGAAGUCUACAGCACAGGUCAAGCAAAUCCAAGCACUACCGGUACUAGAAGCCCUGGUCGACCAACGAGACGAUUAACUGAACUGCCGACUGUUGACAAGUCGCCUUCACGAGACUACGGCGGAAUCCGAGGAAGACCCUUAGCCAUGGGUAGUCCAUAUUACCGGGAUAUGGACGAGCCCAUCAGCCCUGCUGGUGGUCACCAUCGCAGCAGAAGUGCCACUCGAGCUCCUACGCACUCGUUGGAGUAUCCCCGUGAGCAGCUAAGAACUCGUUACCAAUCAUUGGACCGGGGUCUCGUCGAUCCACACGAUCGAGAAUUUAUACCAAUACGCGAGCCACGCGAUCGCUCUCGCGAUCGAUCCUUAGAAAGGGGUCUCUACCUAGAAGAGGAACUCUACGGUCGACCACCAAGACAAGUAGCAAUGCCGGAACGAGGAUAUUUAGGCGAUUUGCAAGUGCAAAAUGGUGAGCUGCAACGCGAGCUUGGCAAUUUAAAGAAAGAGCUCGAACUUACUAAUCAAAAACUCGGAAGCUCGAUGCACAGCAUCAAAACGUUUUGGUCACCUGAACUGAAGAAGGAACGAGCGCUUCGGAAAGAGGAAAGCGCUAAAUACAGCCUGAUCAAUGAUCAGUUGAAGUUGCUGAACAGUGAAAAUCAGAAACAAGCAAUGUUGGUGCGGCAGCUUGAAGAGGAGCUGAGAUUACGCAUGAGGGCUCCAAAUAUCGAAAUGCAACAGCAAAUGGAAGCCCUGUACGCAGAAAAUGAACAUCUUCAAAGAGAAAUUUCCAUAUUGCGCGACACCAUUAAGGAACUGGAACUUCGAAUAGAAACACAAAAACAGACGCUUCAGGCAAGGGAUGAAAGCAUAAAAAAAUUACUGGAAAUGCUACAAAGUAAAGGCAUGGGCAAAGAAGAAGAACGACAAAUGUUUCAACAAAUGCAAGCUCUAGCUCAGAAACAGAUGUUUGAUUUCGCCAACUGCACAACUACCACACCUGAUUUAAUGCGUACCAGUUUUUAUCCAGCCCAGCCAACGUCAGUACUAAAUUCAAACUACCACAACAUCGCCCCAACAUCUAAGCUGUUGGAAGUGCGCUCCGGACGAUUGCCGGCCCGCCGCUACAGCAUAAGUGGCAGUGUACCAUUGUCCUCCAUGGUCGAUUAUUGCAAUUUGUCCGAGAACGCGGCAAACCUUUAUACGCAAUCGGCCAAUCUGACCAACUUGCUAAACGAAACUACCAAAUCAUUAUCCCGCUCUUCUAACAUACUGAACAUGCGCUCCCUGGGCACAACGGCCACUGGUGAUAGUGGAAUUAAUCUGCCUAUGAACCAUGCAACGACACUUUUUACACAACCGUCACAUACUUCAGCACCAACAUCUUCUUCCACUAGCGUUGGCGGUGUCCUCGAUCCAUCGCCAUCGAUUCCACUCGACCGGAUGGCAACCUCGGCUGCUGCUUCGGCGGCAGCAGCUUCAGGCUUUCUUUGUACAUACCCGAAUACAUCCAGCAUCUCCCAUUUACCUAAUGCGCUUAGUAACAAUUCCAAUUUAUCAUACUAUCACCAUCAUCUGCAGCACCAUUUGCCUCAGCUUAAUCAGCAAAUCAUGUCGCUACCGCAGCAACUGCAACAGUCACAGCAAAACUCAUUCUCUAGCACCGGAUACAGACCGUCCAACGACUACCUGCUCUCAAAACCGAUUUACAGCAAUAACACGAUCAAUGCAGCUACGAACGUCACUUCAUUCAUGUCACAGCCACACAGUAUGUUAUCUCAGACGAAAAACCUUUUAUCGCAGCAUCAUUUUGUCUCGAAUCCAAACAUUACUCGUUCAUUAACUAACUUGCCUUCUUCUACCACGUCUGCUUAUUCGUACGAUCGUAAUAUGCCAACGGCAUCUACUUUACGCUACCCGUCGUCUUUUGAUCACACGCACUAUCUGCAAACAAUGCACGAUAAUAUCGACAGCAGCGCCUUCUUUAAAUAUCCUAGCACGUAUCAUGCUCCAUAUUCCAAACUAGACUUAGACUAUAGUAGAGCAAACGAUAUGAAACGCCAACUGGAUGAUUUUCGCUUGGAAAUCACACGUCGCGAUCAAGAAAUAAUGGCAAUGGCCGCCAAAAUGAAAACGCUCGAGGAACAACAUCAGGAUUAUCAACGUCAUAUUGCUGUUCUGAAGGAAUCGCUGUGCGCUAAGGAAGAACAUUACAAUAUGUUACAAUCAGAUGUUGAAGAGCUGCGUAAUCGAUUGGAGGAGAAAAAUCGAAUGAUUGAAAAGAAAACACAAGGUACAAUGCACACCGUUCAGGAAAAGAAUCGACUACACACAGAACUUGCCGAACUAAAAGAACAUAUGGAUAUAAAAGAUAGGAAGAUAAACGUUCUGCAACGAAAAAUUGAUAAUUUGGAAGAUUUGCUGAAGGAGAAGGAUAACCAAGUUGAUAUGGCACGUGCAAGGCUCAGUGCAAUGCAAGCACACCACUGCAGCUCGGAAGGAGCGUUAACGAGUUUGGAAGAGGCAAUCGGUGACAAGGAGAAACAAAUGCAGCAACUGCGCGAUCAGCGAGAUCGUGCCGAAGCCGAGAAAAAAGAAGAACGAGAGCUACAUGAACGCGAACUCGCCGAAUUUAAGAUGAAGCUUCAUUCCUUGGAUAGCGAAGUUGAAAAGCUAACGACUCGUCUACAUAGGGCUCUUGCGGAAAAAGAUCGCUUGGAGGCUAAACUGGAGAGCUCGCAGAGUGAACUAGGAAAGUCAAAGGCAGAGCUUGAACAUAAAACGUCAAGCGAUGUGGGUCGCACUGGGGCCGAUUGGGAACAUGCGAAACAGCGAUUGUCACGCCUUGAAUUGGAAAAUGAACGUCUACGAACCGAACUGGAACGAUCACAGACCACUUUUGGCAGAUCUACCUUAAGUACAUCACAAGAACUAGAUCGUGCUCAGGAGCGGGCAGAUAAAACUACAAAUGAGUUGCGGCGCACGCAAGCUGAACUACGUGUGACACAAACCGACGCUGAACGAUCAAGAGCGGAAGCGGCCGCCUUGCAAGAAAAAUUAGAGAAAAGUCAAGGCGAAGUCUAUAGACUUAAGGCUAAGCUUGAAAACGCACAAGGUGAACAGGAAAGCUUGAAACAGGAAAUGGAAAGAGGCCAGGCUGGUAUACAACGAAUUGUUAGUGAAAGAGAUAAGGCGUACACUGAGCUGGAAAAGAUUCGCGAAGAACUUGAACGUACGCAGGCUACACUCGGAAAGUCGCAGCUUACUCAAGAAAAAUUGCAAAACUCGCUAGACAAAGCACAAAACGAAAUUGAUCAUCUGCAGGAAAAAUUAGACAAAAGUGGUGGUGAAACCCGCAGGUUACAACUCGAGAAAGAAAAAAUCAACUAUGAAUUUGAAAACAUUCAAUCACAGUUGGAUAAAUCGUUGGGACAAUCUUCGCGCAUACAAAAAGAGAAGGAAGCUGCACAAAUGGACCUCGAUCGCUAUCGAGACAAAGCAGAUAAACUGCAAUCAUCUCUUGCUCGUUUGCAAAAGGAGCGUGAUGUACUUUGCGAUGAGUUGGAAAAGUUGAAAGAAAAAUCCGAAUCUACCCAAAGCAAUGCACUCAAAUAUCAGCGCGAACGCGAUGCAAUUCAGACCGAGCUUGAAGUGGUGAAAGAACGAUGGGAAAAAGCUCAUCAAGUCCACCAGAAGCUUCAGAUGGAACGAGAUGAUGCCGUUACGGAAAUCGAUAUAUUGAAGGAAAAGCUGGACAAGGCACUGUAUGCCAGCCAGAAGCUGAUCGAUGAGAAAGAAACAUCCACUAAGGAGUUUGAGAAAAUGCUGGAGAAGUAUGAUCGGGCACAAAACGAAAUUUACCGGUUGCAGUCACGCGUCGAUACGGCCGAAGCCGAUCGCAACCGAUUGGAGGUGGAAGCAGAACGAUCUGCAUUGGCAGCCUCGAAGGCACGAGAAGACUUGCGUAAAAUACAAGAAGAAACAACAAGGCUCCAAGAAGCUUGUGAUCGCGCCGCAAUGCAGCUUGGUCGUUCGAAAGAACUCGAAGAUAAGGCCAAGGAAGAUGUGGAUAUGAUUCGUGAAAGACUGGACAAAUGUCAAACCGAUUUGCGCCGGGCACAAUCAGAAAAGGAAAAUCAACAAGCAGAAGUAGAACGUUUGACAUAUGAACUGGAUCGCUCCCAUAACCUCUACACUAAACAAACAGCAUCACUUGAUUCAGCUCAGGAAGAGAUUGCGCGCUAUGGAUUGGAGGUCGAAAAAAUGCGUGAGCGUUACGAAAAGACGGCGGCUGAAUUACGGCGACUACAAGAGAAUGAAUCCUUCUCUCGCGAAGCCCGACGAAUGAAAGAUGAAAAUGAUAGACUACGCGAGAAGUACGAUAAAGUCAUAGUGGAGCUAGAGAACUUCCGCGGCAAAUCACAAUACGAGCAAGAGACAUUCGACAAGAUGAAAGAGAAGUUUGAGGCACGAGAAAAUGAGUACCAAACGAUGGAACUUAAACUGCACGAAACUAGUCUGCAACUCGAUCUGGCCAGGUCGGAAGUUACUAAGUUGAUCUCUAAUCAAGACAAACAGCGUACGGAUGCUGAACGAGCUCACAUUGAAUAUGAAAAGAUCCGAGACAAGCAUGAAAAACUCAUCAAAGAAGUUGAGCGAUUGCGCCAGAAUCCACAAUCUGCUAUUAGUCCCGGUGCGUUGGCCGCUGCCAGUACGGUAAGCUUAUCUGACAAAAACGAACUUGAGCGUUUGCGUGAACGUCUAGAGAAGGCACUGCAAAGCCGUGACGCUACCGAAAUGGAAGCCGGACGAUUGGCUAAGGAGCUUGAGAAGGCACAACUCCAUUUGACCAAACAGCAAGAAGUCUACGAAGCCACGCGCAUCGAAUUCGAGCGUAUGUCUGCCGAGCUGACACGUGUACUGGAGCGGCUCGAAAAAUCGGAAGCCGAAAAGGAAACGCUUCGUCAAUCGACGAAGAUCUACGAAAAGCAUCACCAGCAACAUGCCAGCAACCAUCACGUCGAACAGAGUCUCAUGAAACUUGAGGCCGAUAACAAGCAGCUGAUGGCCGAACGCGAUCAACUCGUCAUGCAGCUGGAAAAGAGUCAAGAUAUGCUUAUGAGCUUCCAGCAGGAGCUUAACGCGGCUGAAUUGGAACUACAGCGGCAGUGUGAAGAAAAUCGUCGGCUUAAGAGUUCACCUCAGCAGCAAGGCGCUGUUUCAAAUCCACCUCAACAAGCGCAGGCUGCGGCUCAAGAAAUUCAAAACUACAAGAAAGAAAUCACUAAACUGAAACAGAUGCUUCAAGAAACGGGGGCUCGUGGGGAUAAUGAGCUCGAACAGUGGCGUAAAGUUGUCGAGCAGGAGAAGAACCGCGCGGAUCAAGCCGAAAAGGCGGCGAUUGAAUUGCAAAAGCGAAUGCAGGUGAUGGAACAACAAUUGAAACAGCAACUAUUACAAAUGACCAACAUGCAGAAACAAUUGCAACAGCAACCAACGCCACAGCAGCAGCAACAAUCGCCGUCAAACAAAAAGGAACUAGAGAAGCUACAAGAGGAACUUAAAGCAGCAGUUACCCAUCGAGAUCAAUUCCAAAAUCAGUUGGAGCUACUGGUGCAAGAACUUGAAAAGAGCCAGACAGAAGCCCUGGAUGCUACGAAAAAAACUCAACAGCAACAACAACAGGUCGGUCAACUCCAACAACAGAUACAGCAAUUGCAGCAGCAAUUACAACAAGCCACGCAGGCAGCUAACCAAAAGGUUGCGCAGAAUGCAGGCGUAAGUGAAGCAGAGCGCAAGCAGCUAGAAGCACAAAUGAAACAAAUUGAAGAUGCAACUCGGCUACUGGAAAGUGAAAGAAAAACAUUUGAAGAUCAGCGUAAAGCGAUUGAAAACAAACGCAAAGAGUUGGAGGAUAAGGAAAAGAAUCUCAUCGAGUUCGAUAAGCAGCUUAAGAAGCGCAAAGAACAAAUGGACCAACUAGAAAAAUCACUACAAAAGGCCGGCGGAACUGCCGCUGCUGCUGGAGAAUUGAACAAACAGUUAACAGAAACUCAGCAGAUGUUAGACAAAGCAUCAAAAGAGCUAGAAGAUGCAAAGGAAGAAGCCAAACGAUCAGCUGCCGAAACUGAACGACUCUUACAAUUGGUGCAAAUGACACAAGAAGAACAAAAUCAGAAGGAGAAAACAAUAAUGGAUUUGCAGCAAGCCUUAAAAAAUGCUCAAGCAAAGUUAAAAACAGCACAAGCACAGCCACAGGAUGCGGGACCAGCAGGAUUCCUCAAGAGCUUCUUCUAAAAAGGGUUUCCUUUUCUGGUUCUGCUAUCGGUGUAUUUUAGUUCAUUAUACACCAAUUAUUAAUCGUAUUUGGAUGCCAUGAAAUGUUAAAAAAUAACAACAAUAUCGCAAAAAGAGUACAACUACUAGUAGUAAUUCCGUUUAGAGAUGGUGAAUAAUUCAGGGUGGGUUCCAUGCUGGCAACUUCACUUCAUACGGUGAGUAGUUUUGUUGAAUGUUUGCUUGUUAUAUUGCAGUGCAUUGUUUUUGAACGCGCAGUAAGAUUGUACAGUAACAAAACAAGGGGUGCAAUCAGAAAACUUUACCAUUUUCUGUUAUUUCUACGCGUCAAGGACGUCGGUAAGUCAUACGGCCGUAUCGGGGAAAUCGAUCGUUCCGCAAAGGUCGCCGCGCUGCACUCAUUUACACUCAUUUCAACUCACGGAACCACUCAAUUACACUCAUUCAAACUAAAGCGCCUACUAGAUUGAAGCAAACGCAAUAUGUUUGAAAACAAGUGUUAUACACGGCGACGACCGUUCCCAUUUGCAUGGAAAGAAAUCCGCGACUUUUUGAGCAGCGGAUUCGGGGUGCAUUUCGCUUAUGGUUGUGUUUAAAUAUUUCUACUGAUGUUAUAGAACAUGAAUGUUGUUGCAAGCUUUACGGAGAUUCAAAAUUAAGCAAAAAUAUGUUUUAAUUGCGAAUUUUUACAUGUUUUACUUAAACCCACGAAACUAAAUUUCAUAUUUUAUGUAGCUUGAGAACAAUAAACAGGUUUUUUUGUUUUCAGUACGCAAAUGACAUAAAAAGGUAUAUCAAUUCACAACGAAACUGCCUUUCAACUCAGUGCAUAACUGUUUGUUCAAAUACUCUCAGAUAGCUGUGCUACAAAAUGAGUUACACCGCGCGACGACCUUUGCGGAACGAUCGAUUUCCCCGAUACGGCCGAUAGUCAGGAGAACGUUGGCAAUCGUUCAGCUAAGUGUUAGUUAGUUAAUGAUCGAUUUGAGAGUCAAACCAAGAGCAUGUCUUCAAAACGAACAUUACGCAGAACAAUAGAAGUUGCUUUUAUGCGAUGUAGUCACUACUAGCCAGUGAUCAAUCUUUAUUAUAAGCAAUAAUCUUACAUGUCCUGUAAAGAAGCAGCAAGCCAAAUGGAGGAAUGACUAAAAUAAGCGAUUAAAACAUAUAUCACAUGUGGCAACCAUUUAGAGAUAUUUAGUUAAACAUGUGAACAUUCGCUGCCAUGUACUAUUUACUUUUGAAGAAUAUUAAAAAAAAAGGUUUUCGAAAACUACAAAUAUUUCUCUGCACCCUCCAUUUCUUCAUUACAAUAAGAAGUCUACUGUGCAUGUUCAAUGAAGGUUUACCAAAAUAUUAAAGAAGAUGAAAAGGAGUGCAAAUAACCUAACAUGACACUGAGUUAAAAAUUGAAUGCCAGAGAUUAUUUUAUCUCUCUCUAUCUCACAGAGGACCGUUAAAAGUAUCAAUUUUGAAUAUAACAGUAUUUAAUUUGAUGAUAAUAGAAUAGGAAGGUAAUACACUUGACUAAACAAAAUCAUAAGCGACCAGUUUUGAGCCACCGUAAAUGUUGGAUACGUACUACCAACGUACCAUACAUGCCAGUAAAAUACAAACCAAUCAGUUAUAUAGUGUUUUACGCACCUAUGUAUUGAACGAUACAUUGUAUAAGUAACAAUGCAUGUGAGCAAAAAAUACACACACGCAAUAGACAAUAAUAGGAUUCAAAGGCAAGUGUGUAAUCGUUAUUCAAACCGAUACGCAUAUAUUCGUAUUCAUCGACCCAACGAAAAUGUGUAGUGUAAUUACACUUUCAUUUCAUCCACGUCAUUCCCAUAAUCUACACGAACGAACUAUAGGAAAGCUUGACUAGAAAAGCAGGACCAAAUCGUUAGUAGGUCUUGCGCACUGCUAUUACUAACUAACGAAUGCACGACAGGUAUGUUCUUAGCUAAUGUUACAUGUUCCCAGCAUCUCAUUUUCACUUUCCCGAAAUCUUUUCGAUUUGAACAACUUACUUUCCUUUAUUAAUUGCAGCUAUUUGGCAUGAAAGUACCACGAAAAUAAUGUUUACAUUACAAAAAUGUUUAAACAUAUAUUUGUUGUUUUAAAUUCGCUCUUUUAAAAAUAAAUGUUAACCUGAUUAAACAUUUCUGAAAUGCUUAGUAACAGUAGUGUAACUAGAUUGUUUUCAAAAUUGUUUGAAAAAAUGUUUUACAAUUGGCCUAACGCAGAAUCUCAUUUCAAAUAAUAGUGUUUUCUAUAGAAAUGUAUAGCAUUAAAAUAAAAUAAUAGCAAUUUUUAUUUUUAAUAAUCAUUAACUUUGAUAAAACGAAAGGAAAUGAAAACAAAACCAAGUAUUUAUUGUUUGUUAAUAUAAUACUAAAAUAAUUUCUGAAUAAUUUAAAAUUCCACAACUAAUUAUUUUCGCUUUUAUUUAUUCUUUUUUUUUUGUAAUGCAAUUCACAAAUUUUUUUUUAUUGAUUAUGAAUUGUAUUUUCAACCUUGCCUUACACACAUUCGAUACCAUCAGAAAGUUUCACACAAGUGUAGUAUCAAAUAAAUUACUUUGCUAUUAUGCAGCAGUAAGCAGAUUUCCAAUCAUGAAUUCGUCCCCUAAUAUCCCGAUAGAAGCAUACCAUCAUGUACAUGCACAUGCACAUAUAGCACCUAAGGUCUGUAAACCAUUCAUGAAAAACAUUAUCGAGCUGCCGGUACAUUAUAGCACUUAGGUGUGCUGAAGCUAAGAUUAUCGAAAAGAAAAAGUAGAAUAAGAAAAUAUCUCGAGACCUUGCAUUAUUUAUUUACGCGAUUUAGUUAUGUCCAUGUCUAAACAUCUGCAAAACUUUUAUCUAUAAAUGUCUUCAAUUCACGCAUAUAUUGCAAACUCUAUCGUUACCAAUCGUGAUACAGCAAACCUUUUUAUAUUUGAUGUGACGUGUAAAACUCUUCCAAAUAUAAAGAUGUUCAUAAAAUUUCUCUAUCCCUAUUGAUUCUACGGCUGAGCAUGUAGAGCAUAUAGAUGAAUUAAAUUAAUUUGAAUCGUUUUUCUACGUUGCUUAUUUAGGAAACUGAAAGCAGUAUUCCUAUAACCAAAACGUUAAAUUAUCAUAAUUUUUAUCGAGGUAUUUUCAAGUGCCUUAAUAAUAAUGAUUUUCUUUAUCAAUUGAAUAAUUGUAUUUCUUUGAUUAUUCUAGUGUUUUUCAUUCUAUUUAUGAUGCUUUGGUUUGAUUUUUGAAAGUGAAUUUGUUGUUUAAACUUCAUCAAUAACUAAUGUUUGAACAAAAUAUGGUAAACUAGGUUAAUACAAACGUUGCUGCAGUUCUGCGCACGAGAAGUUUAAAUUCAGAAUAAGUUGUUGAAUGUUUGUUGAUUAACUAUGCAACAUUUUCAAUUGCUGUUGCGUACCUUUACGGUUUAUCCUAUCACUACUACAAUUAUUACACUAAACAUGCCGAAAACUUUGACUACAAAAUUGUACCUUUCACACAACGUAAAUUAUUCUUUCUGAUUAGGUUCUAAAAUUGUUGUCACUUUUGGUUAGCCUUGCCUAAAAUACUGGCUGUUGGUGGACGGUAUGAUUAGACCAAUAGCCAAAUAGUCAUCCUGAACUAAUGGAGGGCUACAGUCCAGUCGAGGACUCAAACUCGUGUCGGAUUUAAUGUUUAGCCAUCCGUAUGUACAUGAUAAUGAGUAAACCUUCUAAUAAAAAUUACACAAUUUCCAUUCUGGUUUACACAAAUAGCACGUGCAACGACAAUCAUAUCAGUUGCUAUUUUACUUAACAAUAGUUUUCCAUCAUUGUGUAUUAAACAAACGAUUUCUCAGAUGUUAAUUUGUCCGACGUACAGUGCAAUGCCAGAAGAGUGUCAGAAAGUAACUAAACAGAAGAAAAAACAAAGAUACAGAUUUCUAAACUUAUUCCAAGUCAAACUGUGAUGUUGCUGCAAAAAUUUAAAUUAUACUAGAGGUUUUCCUUGUUCUUCUUAAUCAAAUUACGAUCGCACAUCUCAAUCAUUAAAUAGUUCGAAUAUAUCGCAAAGUAUACAAUUUAACUAGGAAAGGUUCAUUUACGUGAGUAAAACCGUUCGUCUCUAGGAAUCACACAUAGUUUCGGUAGUAUUCCUGGUAGUUGUAAGGAGCUGGACUCCUUGGUAAGCCUAACAUUAAAUUCUUCUCAUCGCUAUGGUUUGUUCUAAAAGAAAAAUAUUUUUUUAUUCAGUUUUGAAUAAAUAUUACACUCGAUCCAAUGUAAUACAUAUAACGCAAAUGGAAGAAAACUAAAAUCAUUUCUACAUAACAACACAUUCUUGCCCAGUUUAUUGCAACAUAUCUACUUGGAAAAUAUUGCCUUUGUUAAAUAUAUUUAUGUUGAGAUUCUAAGGCACGACGAACAAAACCAUAAAAAUAAUACUUAGCAAAAAGGACCACUUAAAACCACACACUCACAGAUUGAACGUCCCAUAUUUUUGUCACCUACGACUCGAGCACUUGAAGAUGAGUACAUAAGUACUGCACUUGACGGUUACCCGUUUCUCGUAUAUUUCUAUCGCUACGAUUGCAAUCUCUAUAACUUCAACUAUUCCUAACUGUUAUCAAUACUGCUUUCAAUGUACUAUCAUCACUGUUACUAUUGAUACCAUGCACAGAUACUAUGACUAAUGUCAACACAUCAACAGCUGCUCAUUGAAUUAACAAGUAUGAUACUGUAACGCAAACAAGGGUAACCUCAUCUAAUACUCCUAUCUUUGUAUUAGAAUUAGUUGUAGUUCGAAAUCGGAUGUACGUAAUAGGAAGAACGUGAAUGAAAACUUGAGAUAUUUUAAUUUUAACUCGAAUUUUGCAACACCACCAAUGAAUGAUUGCGACAAAUGGUUUGAUUUAUGGUGUUAAAUAUUAUGGCUGCUUUUAUAAUUUACUUCUAGAUACUUCUUCCUCUAGUACAGUAGCAAAAACACGAGGUGUACGGACAUAAAUGGCACAAGAAUUCAGAUGACUAACAAAAUAUUAUAUAAUUCAUUGUAGUUCCAUACAUGAAGCAGAUAGAAUUAACUAGCAAUUCAGACAGUUAGAGGUCUCACCGAAGUUGCACAAAGUUGCAACCGUUUACUAUAAAGCGAAAAAGCUGCUGAAGCAUGCAUAUAUAAAAUAAACCUCUAAAUACACGAAAUGUUGCGCGAGUGCUUUUCUCAUUUACAUAUCUUGAAAAUUAUUCAGCACAGUAAUAUGUAAACAAGGCCACAACCCAUCAGUAAGCAAAAGUUAAUACUACUAAUUAUGGUGUAAGUGAAGCCAUACAAAUCGGUAUUUAUUUUAAUAAAAAAAAUAAAUACGAAACUGGCGAAAAACAAAAAUGGCUAUAGUAGUAUAUAUAUCGGCAAUUAUACGAAAAUAUAAUGCGAAGAAUAGUAUAAAUAUUGCGAUAGAUUAGUCACCCUAAAUAUAUAUAUAUAUAUAUAUAAUAUUCAUGAAUACCAUAACUAUUACGCUAAUUUAUCAAACUAAUCAUAGUUUAUGAUCAAACGAGAUGUGUAGGAUAAUGGCAAAUAUGAAUACCGUUAUAAAUAUCUACCUAAUAAACAAACAUAAUCACGUUAAUAUAAAAUACAUCAAUAUAAUGUAUAGCUUAGUACAACAUAACAAAUUCGAAAAAAGGCAACAGAAUGGUUAGCUAUCUCAAUUAAUGAGAUAAGACAUUUUUGAAAACGAACAACAACAUACAAAAGCUUAUAGUUCAAAGGAAAAAAAAGUUGUCAAAAGAUAACCUUUAAGAGCAAGCGGGGAAAAUGCUGUAAUAAUUUAUGUACCGCUGUAUUCGUCAACGGUCGUGCCGGCUUUCGAAUAGCGCUCAUUUAAACACACAACAAAGACAAAUGUGGCAAUUGCGAAAACAAAAAACCUGGUUAAUAUUCACACUUUGUUACAUGUUAUUGUAUGAAAUUAUCAAAGCAACAACAAACAACAACAAUCUCGACCCUAAACAUUAUGUGUGCAAACAUAGUUAAAAUGAAAUAAAAACUGUUGAAUGCGUAAUGUCAACAAAACAAUCA